GCGAUGCUCCUCCAAGAAAGUACGUGACGCCGCUCGCCCCCACACGCUUAUAAAUAUCAGAAAACCUCACCGGCGCUGUUAGUUUGGUUCCCCGAACCUGAGAUCGCCGCCUUUUGUUUUCAAGUCUCAACGUUUUUCUUCAAGGUACGCCAGUACUUUUCUGUUCAUGUUGUUCUUGUCAUCCUAUUCAGUAAAGGUUCGAUCUUUGCUUGUUCUUAGAGCCUUCCACUUCAAAACCUUUGCUUCCUGUGCAAUAAAUCUGCAAAAACUCUGAUGGGUUUUUGAGGUUUUUCAGUUUUGCUUCUGAUUUGUUCUUGCUGGCAUGCUUUGUUCCUUCUGAAUUUGUCUGUGAGAUUAAAUCUUUAAAUUUCAUCUCUUUUGUGUGUAGAAUCUUAAGUUUUAGAGGGUUUUAGAGUUUAGAAUUGUACCCAGGUAUUGUGUUUUUCUGUGAUCGUUAUGGAUCAUCCAACUGUCAAUGGAAGUCCUGAUUACUUGAAUGGUUUCAGUAUUGAUGAUCUAGCCUUCUCACCCGAUUUAACUCAAUUCUCAAAUCUCACAAAUGAAUACCAAUUUAACCAGUUCUCUCCAGAUCUUAACUUUAUGGACAAUCAAUUUUCCCUUCCACCCGAUUUCGAACAGGGUAAUAUUGUUCCUGAAGUUAGUUUGACCACAAGUGGAGAGUCAUUUGUUCCAUCCAAGAGUUUGAGUCCACCUGAUGGAGGCUCAUUGUCUCUGCCUACGACUGUGAGCGUCGGAGGAGCAGACAGUUCCUCCGAUGACAGUGAUUUCUCUGAAGCUAUUUUCAAAUACGCAAACCAGAUUCUUUUGGAAGAGAACAUAGAGAAAAAGCCAUGCAUGUUCUUUGAUCCGUUGGGUCUUCGUGUGACUGAGAAAUCGUUCUAUGAUGUUCUUGGUCAACAGUACCCCUUUUCACCCAAUCAGCAACCCCUUCAUAUCAAUCCGAAUGUUGAGAGUCCUGAUGGUAAUAUUUCUGGGAAUUGUAGUGAUUGUAGUGGUAGUAAUAGGAGUUCUAGUCCUGGUACUAGCAAUUCCAUUGAUCCUCAAUGGGUUGGUGAUUCGGGAGAGCAAAAACCUUCUUUUCCACAAACUUCCCUUCCCAAUGACAGCCCCUUCCAGUUUAAUUCACAUUCCAGUUCACAGUUGUCUGUUCCUCUGGAAAAUCGCAUGACUAGUGUCGGUGAUGGGCAGCAUGUUGGUGAUAUGCUGCAGGGCUCCUCUGCAGAAGAGUUUGUGGCUCAGAAUAUAUUUACAGACAGUGAUUCUAUCUUGCAAUUCCAGAGAGGGUUAGAGGAAGCUAGUAAAUUCCUUCCGAAAAGCACUCAGCUGCUUGUUGAUCUGGAAAGCAACACAGUGUCUCCAGAAGUGAAAGCAAAUGUGCCGAUAGUUACUGUCAAGAAAGAAAAGAGUGAGAGGAAGAACUCACCUAAUGGGUCAAAGGGAAGAAAGAAUCGCGAGCGGGAAGAUGUUGAUCUUGAAGAAGGGAGGAGUAGCAAGCAGUCUGCAGUUUAUAUAGAAAAGACUGAAGAGAGUGAAUUGUCUGAGAUGUUUGACAAGGUGUUGCUGUCUACUGGCGGAAAUAAUGAAUCUCAGUGUGAUAGUGUUGCUUUUAAGAAUGAAGCAAGCAAGACCUUGCAGCCAAGUGGACAGCCACAAGGAUCUAAUGGUAAUGGAGGGAAGGCUCGUGGUAAGAAACAAGGGAAGAAGAAGGAAACUGUGGAUUUGCGGAACCUCCUGAUUUUAUGUGCACAAGCUGUGUCUACCAAUGAUUUUAGGACCACUAGUGAACUGUUAAAGCAGGUUAGGCAGCAUGCUUCUCCUAACGGUGAUGGAUCUCAAAGGUUGGCUCACUUCUUUGCGAAUGGUCUUGAGGCUCGUAUGGCUGGUACUGGCACCGGAACCCAAAAGUUUUAUACGUCCCUUGCCAAAAGGUCAUCAGCUGUUGAUGUUUUGAAAUCUUACCAAGUCCAUCUUUCAGCUUGCCCUUUCAAGAGAAUGUGUAUGCUCUUCAAAAACAAGAUGAUUUUGAAGAUGGCCGAGAAAGCAACAACCCUUCAUAUUGUCGAUUUUGGUAUCCUGUAUGGUUUCCAGUGGCCAAUCCUCAUCCAGCAUCUUUCAAAGAGACAUGGUGGACCUCCAAAGCUACGCAUUACUGGAAUAGAGGUUCCCCAACCCGGGUUUCGUCCAGCAGAGUGUAUUGAAGAGACUGGACGUCGCUUGGGAAGAUAUUGUGAGCGUUUUGGUGUACCUUUUGAGUACAAUGCCGUAGCUUCACAAAAUUGGGAAUCCAUCCAACUGGCGGACCUCAAGACUGAAAGGAACGAGGUGCUUGCUGUGAACUGUAUGUUACGGUUCAAGAACCUACUUGAUGAGACCGUUGAAGAGAACUGUCCGAGGGAUGCUGUUCUAAAUCUAAUCAGAAAGAUGAAACCUGAUAUUUUUGUCCACUCUAUUAUCAAUGGUUCCUACAAUGCGCCUUUCUUUGUCACUCGAUUCCGGGAGGCUCUCUUCCACUACUCUUCCUUGUAUGAUGCAUUUGAUAUUAAUAUACCCCGUGACAAUGAAGAGAGGUUGGGGUUUGAGAGUGAGUUCUAUGGCAGGGAAGCUAUGAAUGUAAUAGCAUGUGAGGGCGUAGAGAGGGUUGAGAGGCCUGAGACAUAUAAGCAGUGGCAGGUUCGAUGCAUGAGGGCUGGUUUACAGCCGUUGCAAUUGGACCAAGAUUUAGUGAAGAUCCUUAAGGAUAAGGUGAAGGCAUGGUACCACAAAGAUUUUGUAGUUGAUCAAGAUAGCGAUUGGAUGCUUCAAGGAUGGAAGGGCCGAAUUGUGUAUGCUUCUUCUUGUUGGGUGCCAGCGUAGGAAUCUUGUAGAACAUGCUUGUUUGAACUUCUUUGAGAAUUGCCAUAGAAAGGAUGAUCAACAAACUAAAGCAGAGGUCAUUUGUGGUAAUACCUUCUCGAAGAAGAACCGUAACGAUAGAGUGGUGUCUCAUUAGAUAUUUACUAAAUUAUCUUUUUGGCUUUUGAUCGAUGCAUAUGAUGGCUGAAGGCGUAUUGGUCAUGGUAGAUGAUGGUUGAACGCCUUUCCUGCUGUUAUGAUAUAUAGUUAUGUACAUGCAGUCGGUUGCAGAACUAUGGACAUUAGUCAGACAGAAUAAAGAGAUGGAACAAGCUAUAUGAACUUCUGUUGUGACGAAAAGCUGUUGUUACACAUGUCGGUCGGAACUUUUUUCCAUCAGUAGUUGCAAUGUCGGGGAUUUUCUGUUCUUAAUCUUUGUACAAUCUUUUUUGGAUCUUAGACUUUUGUGUUUGUUCUAUCAGAUGUAUCAACAAGUAGAAUGCGCUUUUUUUUUCUUUUUUUUUUUUUUUUGUGGGGUUUAUUGAUCAAUUAGCUGUGUUGCUCACAAGUUCUCGUCUUCCGUUCUUCAUUUUGGUAAUGAAAAAUUACAGAGAGAUGCAACUUGCAAGUGCAUUGCUUCGUUA